AUGGCUCAGCUAGAACAAUCCAGUAGAGACAACAAUUUGGAAAUUCAAUGUGUCCCUGAACAACGAAAUGAAAAUCUUCUUAACAUUAUAAACAAAAUAGCAAGCACAGUUAAAUAUGAUCUAAAAGACACUUACAUCGCGGGUUUCCACAGAGUGGCUAAGCUAGAUUCUGAAUCAAAACGCCCACGCAAUAUUAUACUGAAAAUGAACAACCAACGUACCCGAGAUGAUUUCCUAGCCGCCAUAAAAACCUUUAACCGCCAAAACGGAGAGAAAUUAAACACAUCUCUUAUUGGCCUUGCUGGUGCUAAGUCACCAAUAUUCAUCUCGGAGCAUCUCAGCCCUGCCAAUAAACAACUUCACGCUGCCACUAGACUUGCUGCUAAAGAAAAGAAAUACGACUUCAUUUGGAUAAGGAAUGCCCGCAUUUUUAUUCACGAGAUAGAUCGUCAACUUCUUCUAGUGAGCAUAAACGAGAUGGAGGUGGUGUCUUAG